AUGUCGUCCAUGUUCCUAAAAGUUUUUGCGUUAUUCUUCAUCUUGAAGUUUAGUGAGCAGCUUGGAAGCGCUCAUUUUAAGAAAUUUACCCCUGCUUACAGUUACUUGCUGGCUAAGAAUCAGAAAACUCCAAUUUGUUUCAAUGAAGAGAUGUCAGGAGUCGUGAUGGAAACUAACAGUAGGGAUCCCAAAGAAUGUGUUGCCCGGUGCCUGCUUAUAAAGCACUAUUUCCACGAUGUUCAACUGCGCUCCUCAAUGAAUUUUGAAAACAGAUGGGUCUUGAGAUCCGCUCUGAACUUCGCAAGUGAUGGAGAAAUAGUCAGAGAAGCAUUAACAGACAACGAACUCAGAGGAGUGAAUUACGUACAACAUGAUGGUUUCUGUUCUUGCGUUCCUACAGCAAACAACAUCCGCAACAAUGUUUCUGCUGCUGUUGGCUUGUUGGCCGGUGGAUGCAGAGGUUACGUCAACCACGAAUGUCCCGCUGAAUUUGAUUACGUGAUAGAAUACAACAAGUGUUACAAGUUGCUAGACCAGAUCGAAACCUGGUAUGAGGGCAGACGGUUGUGCAACAGCCUCUCAUCGUCGCAUCUCAUUACAAUUGACGAUGACUACGAAAAUUAUGUCUCUCUGCAAUACGUUGACAAAGCUACACAUUGUUAUUAUUUGGAUCAUGGAUGGUAUUCGUUUUUCACAAGCGGAAUUCGAACCUACGUUGGUGGAGUGAGAACGCCUUUCUUGUGGUCACCAUACCCAGAAGAGGAUGGAGAGGAUUACUGCCUGAUAAGUGCACUGAACUAUUAUUUUGGGUGGGAUGAUAUUUCAUGCAAAGCGCUUCUGUGCAUUCUCUGCGAAUACGACAUGAUGGUGUAA